UCUUCAGAAUAAAAGGAGUUUGAAGCUAGAGGGAAUUGUUUGGAUGCUUGGAAAUCUAAAAUCCUAGCACGAAUUAGAUAAUCUCAAUCCGCCUCCUUAACCAGCAUAAUCAGAGUGGGGCAUAUAUGAAUACUUUGGGCGUUUGGUUGGGUUGGGGGUGUGAAGUUAUCCAAAUCCCGCCAAACACAAUCUCUCCACGUUCAAACCGGAUAUGGUAGGAGUCUCUGCAGCAAGCCUCAGCCAACGGUCCGUGCCGUCUCACGUGCUCCGACCACCACCACCGCCACCACCACAACCACACCGUCUUGUCCGAAGUGUUUGUUGCUUGUCUAGUGGGCUCUCUACGCCGCCUCUUGUGGAACAAACUUUGUCCCGAAUCCUGAGUUCCGGAGUCAUUGCUUGCCUUCGCGCCAAUAGUGCAGAGAUGGCCAUGGAAGCUGCUCGAGCGGCAGUUAGUGCUGGCAUCUCAGUUCUGGAGAUUGUGGUAUCUACCCCAGGUGUGUUUGAGGUUAUUCAACAGCUGGUAGAUGAUCAUCCUGCAACAGUCUUCGGCGCUGGGACUGUAUUAAAUGUUGAAGAUGCCAAAAAGGCAACAAAUGCUGGGGCCAAAUUUAUCAUGAGUCCUGCUAUGGUGAAGGACAUUAUGGAUGAUUACCAGACUGGUGAAGUUUUAUAUAUGCCUGGGGUAAUGACUCCAACAGAGAUAUUAUGUGCACAUGAUGCUGGUGCCAAAAUUGUCAAGGUUUAUCCUGUUUCGGCAUUGGGUGGUAUAAAGUAUAUAUCAGCACUCAAGAAGCCUUUUUCUCACAUCUCAAUGGUUGCUUCUCAAGGCAUAACCAUAGAUUCAGUUGGUGAAUAUAUUGCUCUAGGAGCAUCAUCAGUUGUUUUGUCAGAUGCCAUAUUUAAUAAAGAAGCUCUGCGUCAAAAUAAUUUCAAUGAAAUAUAUCAACUUGCACAUUUUGCAGCUCUGCAGGGGAAAGAGGCUGUGGAGCGCAAGAGAAAGUUCAUGUCAAACCUAUCACACCAGGGGUAAUCAAUAUUUUUCUUAUGCAUCGUCAUACGAGGGCAGGAUCAUCGAGGACAGUGCUGUCGAGUUUCCUCAAAGACAUGUACUAACAGAUCAAUAAAUCAGGGUUGUCUAGCCUACCAAAGAAUUUCUAAUCUGACAAACUGAAAACCUCACUAGGCCAAGAUAAUAACUUCUAGUUAGCAGAAUAUAAAGCAGGGUCAUGAACCCGAAUGCACAAGGUCAUAAAAUUUAUUAAAAAGAUUGACAUAUCAGUCUUGUGCAAACCUCGUAAAUGCACAUUGAGCAUAGGAUUUUGAUUAGGAGUUUUCUUUCUUUUUUUGAUCCAUAGUUCCUUACCAAGGCUUGUAAAUAUAGAUCAUAAAUAAAUAUAAAUAUAAAUAUAUUUAAAAUGAAAAGAAAUUUGACAAAACAAUA